UUUUUCUUCAUUUUUAAUACGAAUCGUUACGAUAAGUUAAUGGAACGCGAAAAACAGAUGAGGGACUUAUAUUCGAGGUUGGAUAGUAAUAAUGAUGGAACUAUUGAUAUGAGGGAUCUACUAUAUAGUCUUCAUCAUGAGAAGCCUCACAUACCACGUAACCUUGCUAAAGAUUUAUUUGAUCGCAUGGAUACAGCUGGUAAUGAAAAAAUUCAUUUCGCAGAAUUUAUGAAUUAUGUCACUGAACACGAAAAGCGGUUGGAAUUUAUAUUUAGUGACUUGGAUCGUAAUAAAGAUGGUAAUGAAUUCAGAUCAGCUGUUGUCGAUCUUUCUGGAUUCAAAGAUUUUUUAUUAUUGUAUCCAAGUUCUGAUCCGAAAGAUAUUGCCAGAUUCUGGAAACAUAAUCUAAUCAUUGACAUUGGUGAAGAUAGCCAAGUACCGGAAGAUUUCACUUUACAAGAGCUUAACGAGGGUGUUUGGUGGCGGCAUUUGGUUGCUGGUGGAAUAGCCGGAUGCAUGAGCCGUACAUGCACUGCUCCUUUAGAUAGGCUUAAAGUAUAUUUGCAGGUUAAUUUUUUCACUAUUCUUUACAAUUUAAGUUAUUUGUAUGAUGAAGGUGGAUUAAAAUCAUUUUGGCGAGGCAAUGGUAUAAAUGUGGUUAAAAUCGCACCUGAAUCAGCGAUUAAGUUUAUGGCUUAUGAACAGUGGAAGCGAUUAAUACAAAAGUUUGGCCACGGACAAGAAUUAUGCGUUCAAGAACGCUUCGUAGCUGGAUCACUUGCUGGAGUCUUUUCGCAGUCAAUUAUUUAUCCGCUUGAAGUGCUUAAAACGAGAUUAGCUCUUCGAAAAACUGGUGAAUUGAACAAAGGUCUUAUCCAUUUCGCUUUAAAAAUGUGUAAAAACGAAGGACUUCUUUGCUUUUAUAAAGGUUUUGUACCAAAUUUAAUUGGUAUUAUUCCUUAUGCGGGUAUCGAUCUAGCUAUCUACGAAACUCUUAAAAACAUGUAUAUGAAGCUGCAGAACAAUUCUGAACCAGGUGUACUUGCAUUAUUAACUUGUGGUACUUGUAGUAGUACUUGCGGUCAAUUGGCCAGUUAUCCACUUGCUCUUAUACGAACCCGAUUACAAGCGCGAGCAGUAUCUGGGAAUCUAAAUCAACCAGCUACUAUGAGUGGUCAAUUGCGGUAUAUUUUAACAAACGAAGGUUUCUUCGGUUUAUAUCGAGGAAUUGCUCCAAAUUUUUUGAAAGUUGCACCUGCCGUUGGAAUCAGUUAUGUAGUUUAUGAAGCGAUUCGCAAACAAUUAGGUGCAUCCAUGACAUAA